CUCAAACGCCUGUCGAAUCCAUAAGGUGGCACGCAACGGGCAGCUGAGAGUUAUUUACCCGCUUUUGCUGGCAGCCGCUCACCAUGCUGCGACCUUCCAUAGAGCCAUGUUGGACAGAUGCCUUAGUGCCGCUUGCGGCGCGAGGAGUGCUGCCGGGGCUGCCUCCGCUCUCCAGCCUUCGGCAUGCUGUGAGCGAUGCCCUUCCGCGCUCGGCUUCUAACUCAGCCAGCGAUGGCUCGGCGCUCGUAUUCCCCGCUUCAGCUCUAUUAGAGGCUGUUGAGGGCUGCGUGGAGUCGACCGCGGCCAUCCCCGCUCCCGCCCGGCCCGCCGCAUGCCUGUUCAUCGCCUCCCUGGCCAUGGAGCAACACGUCAAGGCGCAUAGCACCAAGGCCCGGCUGAUGAGGCUACCUCCCAUCAACAACAGCAAUGUCGGCGGUGGGAGGCAACCGGCGGCGGCGGGAGGGCUGCCGCCGCUGCGGCCGUACCAAGCGGAUGUCGUGGGCAUGGUGGCAUUCAGCUGGGGCCUGGCCCUGACCUCGCAGCUGCUGCUACUGCCACCGGCCGGAGGCACCGGUGCUGCAACGGCUGCCCAGGCUGCAGCAGCUGCUACUGCUUCGGAGCGCUACAGCCGUCUGGCUGACGACUGGGAGGGGAACUGGCUUGUGAUGGCGCGCACCGGCUCAGGCAAGACACGGAUGUUCAUCGAAAUCGCACGGGUGAUGGUGGAGUCCCGCAACCGUGAGCGCCGCCCCGGCAACGCCCCUGGCCUGGGCUGGGCGCUGGUGGUGGUGCUGGUGCCGCAAGCCAUCCUGACCACCCAGCACGCGGAGGAGUUCAAGGCUGCGAACCUAGCCAGCACGGAGGUGCGAGCUUUCUCGGGCGCCAAGAAGAAGCUGUCGCCGGACACCUGGCGCAGUGUGCUCAUGGACACAGGCCGCCUCACCCUCACCACGAACCGUGGAGUGUUGGGCGGGCAGCAGCAGCGGGCAGCCGGUGGCGGUGGUGGCGGCGGCGGCGGCAGGGGAAAUGUGGCGGUGGUGUGCACGGCGGAGUCGUUCGCCAACCUGCUGCGGCAGGGGGAGGCGACCAUGGAGCAGAUCGACCUGUUGGUGCUGGACGAGGCCCACCACUGCCACAAGACACACCCCUACGCCAAAAUUAUGGACGACUUCUAUCCCAAGCAGCCGGAGCCAGGGGCCGCGGCGGCGGCCGCACCUGCUGCUGCCGCUUUCAACGGCGGUAGCGGCGGUGCGAACGGCGGUGGCGGGGACGACAGCAGCAGUGCCUGCCGCCGGCCGCGGGUGCUGGGCGUGACGGCCUCGCCUGUGAGCGAACUGGAGAUGACCCUGUUGGACAAGGAGAUGUCGGCACUGCUGCGGCGGCUGGGUGACGCCCGCCUCUACGUCGUGCACGAGCAGCAGCUGCUGCCGGCGUCCGACACUGGCGGCGGGCCGGCAGUAGCAGGCGGCAGCGGUGCGGCUGCGGGGGUAGGUGGUGGUGGCGGCGGCUACAGCGCUGCGGAGCCGGAGCAGCUGGAGGUGCACGUGCAGGCGCGGCCCGUGGACCAGUGGGUGAUGCGGACCCUGCAGAACUUUGCAGUCAAGACGGCGGAGGACCGGCUGGGUGGCGACCUGCGGGCGCUGCAGCCGCACGGACAGGAGGCGGCAGACGACCUCUACAUGCUGACAGGGAGUUUGUACAAGGCAGUUCAGGGCGUGAAAGCGGCGAUGGCCAACCCCAAGGCAAAGGCCACCACAUACCUGGACACGCUGGGCCAGUGGCUGGCUCUGGGCAGGACAUUCGCGCAGCGCCACGUCUGCCCGGCGCUGGACGGCGUGUGCCACCUGUUGGACGUGCUGCGCAAGGCCGUGGAGCUGGUGGAGGAUGCGGGGCUGGAGGCGGGGCUGCCGUACCUGGCACGGAAGGUUACGGAGCUGGUGGCGGACGAGCACGGCGCUAGUGAAGCCGGCGGCUGUGGGGACGUGUCGGUGCGCGUGUCGGACCUGGCGCGCCAGCUGCUGGUGGAGGGCGGCGGGGAGCUGUGCCUGCUGCCGGCGGGCUUCGGGCAGACGUACGUGCGGUGCUGCUUCACGUCGGGGCAGCUGCAGGCGCGCACGCACCCAAAGUUCUGGGCCUUAAUGGAGUUCCUGCAGCGAUAUGACCGCACCGGCGGUGACGGCGGCAGCAGCAGCGUGUGCCACGGCAUCGUGUUUGUCAAGACCCGCCAGGCCGUGUUCCACGUGUCUGACAUGAUGCGCCGCACACAGCAGCUGGCGCACGUCGACGUCCUGGAGCUGGUGGGGCAGAACAACGCCGCCAGCAGCAGCAGCCGCGCCGGCGGCUCGCUGGCCGCGCAUCACGAGCGCCACGGCCGCGGCAUGACUGACGCGCAGCAACAGGAGGUGCUCCGGAUGUUCAAGGACCCCAGCGGCGCGCGCUGCAAGGUGCUGAUUGCCACCUCUGCGGGAGAGGAGGGUCUCGACGUGCCCAGCUGCGAGUUUGUGGUGCGCUACAACGCCGCCGCCACCGGCAUCCAGCUGUUGCAGAGCCGCGGCCGCGCGCGCAAGCAGCAGGCGGCGGUCUUCCUGGCCAUCCUGCAGGAGGCCACGCUGGACACGCACCUGCAUCAGAAGUCGCGGCUGGAGGAGGCGACCCUGAAGGCCUACUGCCAGCAGUACAGCGAGGCAAACCUCAAACGCAAAGCAGCAGCAGAGUAGAUAGGAUUUGCAUAAUCGCGCAUCUUGCAUGUGGAGGGCCGGAGGGGGCAAUCAGGGUAGUCCUCUAUUGUACAAGUGACUAUUACAUUAAAGAAUUGUAAAUGUGGUCUUGUGGCUGGUGAUCGAAGCAAAAGGCCAUUCAUGUACCGCAUGACCGCCAUUCACAUUUCACAACACGGGCGCCGUUUGAGCCUACUGACAAAGCGCACCGCUACAGCGCAUAACCGCCUUUCUUGGUGAUGUGCUUAAAAGCCGCAAGAAUGGGAAGUGGGGUUUAGGUUCGCGGCGCCGCCAGAUAAGGGCAGAGGUGCUGCUGAAUGGCGGGACUGCGGGAGGCGUCGGACUGCUGUCUGAGUGCUGGCAUUGAGUGGCUAGCAUUGCUGUAUGCCGCAUGCGGCAUGCCUUGGUUCGGGAGCCGACGAUGGAUGGGUGGGUAGGUGGAUGCCGGGCUGUCGUGCCCUCACACCGUCAAUUCGCAGUGGAUGCCAGGAUGCAUGUAACAAUUUCAAC